GGAGGAGGAGGAACCGGAAUGUAAACAUGUCCUGUUCAAAAGUCCAGAGCCAACACUUCACUGAGGUGAGACUGCACGAGCAGCAGAAGUUUCAGCAUGACUGAGGUGAGCCAUCAGCAGUGGGGAGAGGUGUCCGGCCUCCCCAGUGUGGACAUCUGGGUCCUCCAGUCCCCCCAGCUGAAGGUGGAGGUUCUAACCCUGGGGGCCAUCAUUCGAUCUGUUUGCAGCAAGGGAAAGGAUGGUCAGAUUAAAGAUGUCGUCCUGGGCUUUGAUGACCUGCAAGGUUACCUGUCAGAUACCCGGUACCAAGGAGCUGUUGUAGGCCGAGUGGCGAACCGGAUCGCACAGGGUCGCUUUGUAGUGGAGGGAAAAGAGUACAAACUUGAUAUCAACAAUGGACCUAACGCUCUGCAUGGAGGGCUGCGGGGCUUUAAUAAGGCAGUCUGGCUUGCUACAGAAAUUGACGGAGGUGUACAGCUGAGUCACACAAGUCCAGAUGGAGAUCAGGGUUAUCCUGGUGAGGUUCAAGUCUCCGUCUCCUACACCUUACAGGGGGGAACACUGACGGCUGAGUACCAAGCUCGAUCUACCAAGACCACCCCUAUCAACCUCACCAACCACGCCUACUUUAACCUGGCUGGACAGGGAGCUGUUGAUAUCUAUGACCAUCAGGUGUCCAUAGAUGCUCAGUCCUACCUUCCUGUGGAUGACACAACGAUCCCCACAGGAGAGAUCCGGGGGGUGGAGGGCACGCCUUUUGACCUCAGAAAGCCUGUUCUGAUUGGCCCUCGGCUGAAGGAAGUUCCAGGCCCAGGGUUUGACCACAACUUCUGUCUGUUAUCACCCAGAGACGCCUGGACAGAGCGACAUGCUGCAAGAGUGUGCCACCCAGCCAGUGGGCGUGUCCUAGAGGUUUCUACCAACCAACCAGGGGUCCAGUUCUACACUGCCAACUAUCUGGACGGCUCCAUGGUAGGAAAAGGUGGAUCUCGGUAUGGGAAGCACAGCUCCUUCUGUCUUGAGGCUCAGAACUGGCCUGAUGCUGUUAACCAGGCCUCAUUUCCUGAUUGUCUCCUGCGUCCUGGUGAGGUCUACCGACACAUCACCCGUUACACUUUCACCACUGCCUGACUGGAGCUCUCAACAUCAGCAAAGGAGAAAUCUUGGUGCUUUUAAAUGGAAAAUCAAGUGCAUCAUGUAUUUUACUAAAAUGUUUGCCAUAAUCAUUGACCAAUCAGUACAGCAGGAGUGCCUGGUAGUGUUGGUUUUUUUCCUGGCUGUGUGCCUCUUUUAUUUGAGUAUGAUGAUGAUUAUUAGGGCUUAGGUUGAUUAGAAAAUCUUGGUUAAAUCACUGUGUUGUGUGUCCUUGUGCAAUUUUAAAAUCAGGUGCAAUAUUUCACUGACCUCAAAUGUGUGUCAAAAUACCAUUUUAAUAAGAAAUUAGCAGGAGUUAUGCUCUACACAUGCAAACAUUUAAGUGUCAUUCUUUGUAGAAUAGUUUACGGCUUUUGAAAAUCCAGUUUCCUUGUUUUUGUCUGUUUUUCUUACUCAAAAUGAGAAUAAUAUAAAAUGAUCAUUCCCUUUAUACAAUUCAUCUCCAAUCUACAAUAUGUGUCAAAAUAAUUGUAAUUAGGUAUUUUUCAUAAUGAAGAAUGAUUUAUUGCUUGUGUUGGUUUAAAAUUAUAAAAGAUAAGAAACUUGUUUGACUGAUCCUGUGGUGCCGUCCUUAACGCUUCCUUCCAUGCUCUUUAACCUCAAACUUUGUGGGAUGAGUACAAAAAACAGGCAAUACUUGUGCAAUACUCAGGAGCUGGUUCUGACCCAGAAUAGCAUCUCAGCACAUCGAACUGUCUACCCCACAUCUGUCAGAGUACCACAUUCAGUUUACUGUGCCCUCACCAGAACUCCCUCUGGCUCUGCCACAAUAGGCUCCUAUCACCAAAACAUCUGGCUUCUUACACCGACCCAGCUCUCUAAUGAGGUCCUGGCUUCUGUGCCUCCUCAGAGGAAUUCUACCAAACCUUCUGCAAGUGAGAUGCUGUUCUUCACUAACGUGAACAAACUCUGCCCUCUAGUGUCCAAACCUUGUCAUAACACCCUCCCUCCAGUCCCUGGCUCUCUGAAAUCAUCAGAGGGUUAAGGGGCAGGGAUCAGGGCAGGGGAGAGAGAUGGACAUGAAUCCAAACAGUUCACUGAAAUUAGAAACUAUAAGCGACUUCUACUCAAGUUUAAAAACAGCUAAAACCACUCUUAAGUAAGAUUUGUGAUGCCAUAGAUGCACGGUAAGCAGAUGCACUGAGUUGUCUGUGAGUUUUUAAAGUAAAAUGAGACGUUAAGGAGCAGUGAACUCAUUUUACAUCAUUGUGGCUGCAGGGAGAUGCUGGAUUAACCAAGGUGUGUUCAAAGGGAUAAUAAUCUUCUAAUUUUGACUUUAUAUCUUAGAAUUAGGACAAACUGUCCUAAUUUUGACUUUUUUCCAUAACAUGACUAACUUGCUCAUAAUUUCGAAGAUAUUUUUAAAGUAAUUACCUUUUUUUUUUCUUUACUUUAUGAGGCAGGAAUUGGACGUCCAUAGAUUUCCCUCCACUGCCUUUCUAUUACACCUCAAAUCAAAUUCCAAACCUCUCUGCUUACAAUAGAGCGACAGAAAUGGUUGCUCAUCCAGGUUUAUACCCACUCCAGCCCGUCUCUCACCUGGCUCUUCCUUCACAACAAGGACCAGAGAAAUGAGCUGCACCAGGGUUGGGCAACUGGUUGUCCGAGGGCCACAUAUGCGGCCCUUUGUUUUUAUUUUUGAUGUAUUUUUAAAUUUGUUUUGAGUAAACUUUAUUUUCAGUUUUUUAUUCAAUAUAUAUAUUUUUAAUCUUCUGACUUCUUUCUUUUGUUUUUAUUUCAUUGUCUUGGUUGUUAUUUUUUAAACUUUAUUUUCUUAAUUACUUUUUUAUUCGUGUAUAAUUUCUUUGUAUUUGUGUUCAGUACUAUUAAUAUUUCUAGUUUUUUUUAUUUCACUGAAAUUAGAAUUUUUUUCAUAAAAUUCUCAGGUUUAUUUAUUUUUAUUUCUGUUUUAUUCAAUUCAAAAAAUGUGUCACCGAAAAAAGUACAACCCAAGUAUAAUGUUUAUUGUAUUGAAAAAGCAGCUUGAAAUGGAAAUUUUAUUCUGUGUGUAUCUCAUUGAUUAAACUAUUUCUAUUUUCACUUGAGUUAAAAAAAAUAUAAAUGUUGCCAUGAUAAAUUAUGAGGAAAGUACCAAAUUCUUCCUAUAAUUUAGCUAUUUGUUAUCACAUGGAUUAAAAUGAGAAUAUCCAACAGUCUGUAAUAUUCGGCCUUUGGCAUUGACAAUGAAACUAAUACGGCCCUCUUGGUAACCAAAGCUGCCCAUCCAUGAGAUAGACUCUUAUCGUCUCUAGUCCCCUGGUGGAAGAAUAAAUUCCCAAACUCAAUUUUUAUCUGCAUACUUCUUACUGUAUUUAAAAAAUACCAUUAGAUUUUCUGUGUAGCUUAUUAAUGGUGAAAUAGUCCUUUAACCAUAAACAGGCCAAUUUUAGCUAUAUUGAACCUGAUCAUUCGCAGAUCGCUUUGUGUAGAAGCUUCAGUUUUUUUUUUAAACUAAACAAUAAAAAGAAAAAUGAAGAAGGA